UCCAUGUCAGAAACCAAACCGACCGUUCUCCGUCGACGCCGCCGUCCUUUGUCGCUCUCGCGCCUCCGCCUCUCUUCAUCUCUCUCGUGCUUCAGCCCCUCUCACUUUCUCGCCGUCUCUCUUCUCCGUACGCCGCCCGCCUUCUCGCCGCGUCACGCAGCACAUCAGCGCCCGCCUUCCCUCCCCCGCUGGUUCACGGCUUCCUCUCUCCCUUUCUGGCUGUCGCCAUCUUUCUCUUUUCCGCUGGCUCAUGUCAAAGCUGCCACCAAAUCUUCCUUCGAGGAUAGGAAGAGGGAAGAGAAGUUUUGAGGAGGGAUUCGAGGAGGUUCCUACGUUUCCAUAGGAGAGAGACAGAGCGCUAGAGAGAGAGGUAAGACUGUUGACUCCAUUUCCUUUUGUUUGUAUUUGAUUCUGGAAACUCCCAUAAACCCUAAGCCCUAAUGGUAUAAAGUCUCAAACUCCAAUCUUUAUAUUAUUCUUCGCAAAAAGCUUUGCGUUCUCUGCUUGCUGGUUGAUAGAUUAGAUUGCUCUGAACUUAAAAUCGUAGAAAAACCCAUCAAAAUCUAACCUUUCUCAUUGGAGACAACGAUCAGGUAGCUUCUCAUCAGAAACUCAUGUAAUUUCCUCGCCUGCAGUAGACUUGGUUUAUCACCAAUACUAAGAGGUUUGCUUGAUCCGUAAACCCAGAUACUGAAUUCCUGUAGGACAAAGAUGCUUCUGCUGCUUGUCAAUAGAAGGUUUAGAGAACUGGUGUUAUGUUAUCACAAAAAUUUGGCUUUCUCACGCACACAAAAGUCCAACUAUGUGGAUGUGAAAAUGAAAUGGAUGAAGGAUCCUUUAUAUGAUUCUGUUAACAUCCUUCUCAAAUCCAAGGAGCUCAGACCACUCAUCUCCCUCAAGAACAUUAUUUCCAAAGAACCCACUGGCUGUAUCCCCAUCUCUGCCGUCUCCAAGCAGAACCGCAUUCUAGAAGUCUCUGGCAAGGUUGCAGGAUUUCUCAGGAGGUACCCAGCUGUUUUCGAGGAGUUCACCGGUCCAAAGUACAACCUCCCAUGGUUCAAGCUCACUCAAGAAGCUGCUGAUCUUCAUCACAGAGAGUGUAAAGUCUAUGCGGCCCAUCGGUCAGAGAUUGUCGACAGAUUGAGGAGAUUGAUCCUUAUGUCGAGGGAGAGGAGUCUGCCUUUGAGGACAGUCCAAGGUAUGUUAUGGUAUCUCGGAUUGCCCGAAGAUUAUCUUAAAAAUUCAGAAGAGAUUUCAAAAGGAUACUUUCAGAUUGUGGAUAUGGGAGAUGGAGAGCAGGGAUUGAGUGCAUCAAUUUGUUCAAAUGAGCAGGUGUUUUCUGUGCUACAAAGGAAUGCAAUGAAGUCAAAUGGGAUCCUUCACUCGCCACCAUCAGUCAUUGAGUUUCCUCUUUUCCCUUCUAAAGGUUUUCGCUUAAAGCGGAAGAUUGAGUUGUGGUUAGAAGAAUUUCAGAAGGUCGAGUAUGUAUCCCCAUAUGAAACUUUUUCAAGCCUGGAUCCGAAUAGUGAUAUUUCAGAGAAGCGGGUGGCUGGGGUUCUUCACGAAUUGCUCUCUCUCUUUGUAGAUAACUCUGCUGAAAGGCGGAGGCUGCUUUGCCUCAAGAAGCAUUUAGGUUUGCCGCAAAAGUUUCAUAUGGUGUUUGAACGCCAUCCCCAUAUUUUUUACCUCUUGCUGAAGAGCAAGACUUGUUUUGUUGUCCUUAAAGAAGCAUAUUGUGCUGGCUCAGAAACUGCUAUUGAGAGGCACCCUCUUCUGGGAGUGAGGGAAGGGUAUGUGAGGCUGAUGAUCGAGUCGGAGGCUAUUCUGAGAAGCCGAAGGAGUACGAAACCUUUGGAAGAAAUAUCAUAAGGAAAUUACGAUGCAAAUCCCGGUUCCAAGAGUAGAGAAAAUCCUGAUUCUGUGUAGAUGGGAAAUGGAAGAAGGCUGCCAUAACUAGUUCUGUAAAUUUCAAUGGUAGCUAGAAUGCCAGAACACCAUAGUGGUUGCACAACAUGCUGAGUUAAUAUUAAAAAAAAAGAGCCCAUGCAAGUACUCCAUUGUUGUUAAUAUUAAAAAAAAAGCUACUGUUUUAUUGAAGCAUCAGUGCGAAGCUUCAGAUCAAAUUACAAGAUCUACGUCCCAGUAGAACUGAAGAACCCAAGAUACAGGAUGCAUCCAAUAAUCUCAUUAAAAAUUUUCUUGUCUCUUUUGCUUAUUCAUGAAAUAUGAGGAUCAAGAAUCAGCUAUUGUGCUGGAUAUUGUAGCUUCAACAUUGAAAAUCAUCAUGCUGCCACAAUUCAUAUUCCACUUUCAUCUGCAUCAGGAUUGCUAUUUAUUACCAAUGAUGGAGCUUUCAAGUUAAAUGUGCACAUCUCAAACCUAGUAGUUUGUAUCAGCUAGAGUUGUCACUGGAAAGCUAACUUUCUUUAGUAGCAUAUGUAUUUUUAGUAUAAGCAAGACCUCCUUUUUUCGGCGUAGUCUGUAUUUGCUGAAUUUUGUUCAUUUUGAUGAAGGUAGCACCAUAGGUAACAAUGGAUAAGAAAAUUCAACUCAUCAAGGGCCUGUUUUGUGGGCUUUCAAAAUUUUGAAUUGUGUUUCUAAAAACAAUUAUUAUUUGGAUGACAGUCUGUGUUCUGUGAUUGA